AUGAUACUCCAGGGUCUCAAGCCACGGAUCUUCAACCGCCUCAACAAGUUCGACGGCCGAUGGGUUGCGGAACUCCCCGCGGUCCUAUGGAGCCUGAGGAUGACCCCCAGCAACGCAACCGGCUUCACCCCUUUCUUCAUGAUCUAUGGGUCCGAGGUGAUCCUCCCCACCAACUUGGAGUAUGGGUCACCGAGGGUCAGGGCGUACGACGAACAAGGGAACCAAACAUCCCUCACGAACGCGCAAGACCAGCUAGACGAAGCACGAGACAUGGCCCUGCUACACUUGGGCAAGUACCAACAAGCCUUGCAACGGUACCACAGCCGUAAGGUACGAGGCCGGGCCCUCAACGUCGGCGACUUGGUGCUCCGCCUCAUCCAGAGCAACAAGGGUCGGCACAAGCUGACCCCGCCGUGGGAAGGUUCGUUUGUCGUUGCGUAA